AUGAAUUCGAGGACUUCAAGUUUGUCAUCUAUUUCUGAUUUAUUUCGGCCAAAUAACCCAAAAGGACUUCGCUCCAGAGAUCUAAGUUGUACCCGUUUAAAUAUUUUGAAAAAAGAAAUACAAACCGACACGCAUCUAAUACCACUCAAAGAUUUGUACGCACUUCUGGGCACUGAUCCAGUAACAGGCCUAUCAAGCGACAGAGCAAAAGAGUUACUCGAGUAUUAUGGGUCUAACACAUUAACACCAGCAACUCAACAUUGUUGGGCUCGCUUAUUAUUAAAGUCAUUGUGCACAGGGUUUUCAAUUUUAAUUUGGCUCGGCGCAAUAUUAUGUCUCACGGCAUAUUUAAUCGAGAUGUUUACGAAACCUCAUCCAAGUACAGAUAAUCUAUAUUUGGGUUGUGUCCUUAUUGCCGUCGAUGUUAUUUGCGGGCUAUUUAGCUUUUUACAGAAUUACAAAAGUUCUAAGAUAAUGAAGACCUUUAAUAGUAUGAUACCAAUUACAUCAAGCUGUGUUCGAGACGGCCUUACAAACACAGAGACUCCAGUGUCUAAUUUAGUCAAAGGGGACAUAGUUUACAUAAGAGCUGGUGACGUAAUACCUGCAGAUUUGAGAAUAAUUGACAGCAAAGGGUUUAAAGUGGACAACUCUUCGCUCACUGGUGAAUGCGUAGCUGUGCCUCGGAGUAACACUGAUGGUACUCCAAACAUAAUGGAAUCGCAAAAUGUAGCUUUCUUUUCUGCACUGUGCGUUGAAGGAUGGGCAACUGGCGUUGUGAUAUGCUGCGGAGAUUUAACUGCUUUGGGUCGUAUAGCUGGUUUAGCUGCAAGACUCCGACCAGUGCCAUCACCACUAUCGCGGGAAAUUCAUCAGCUAAUGAGAUACAUGUCUGCUUGGGCUGUUGGUCUUGGUCUCUUCAUUGCGAGUGCUUCACUAGGCUUGGGAUAUCCAUUUAUGCAAACAACCAUUUUUGUAAUUGGCAUCGUGGUGGCUAAUAUUCCCGAAGGUUUACAGCCAACAGUAACAGCAUCACUAACAUUAACAGCCAAACAUAUGGUAACAAAAAAUUGCCUUGUAAAAAAUCUAGAGGCUAUGGAAGCUCUUGGUGCCUGCACGACAAUAUGUUCUGAUAAAACUGGAACACUAACUGAAAACAAGAUGCGCGUACGACAUCUGUGGCUUGAAAAUCAAACUUACGAAGUUUCCAAUACUAGUUUGGAUCAAUUGAAAAAUAACAAAGCAUUUCAAAGUUUUAAAAUUUGCGGCGCAUUAUGCAGUAAUGCUUCUAUAGCCCCUGAUGGCAAUGUGCAUGGAGAUGCAUCAGAGAAAGCUAUACUAAACUUUAUAUUUGAAUGCGAUAAUCCAAUAACGGUUAGAAAAAGGUAUCCCAAAGUAUCAGAAAUACCUUUCAACUCUGUCAACAAGUAUCAAGUUAGUAUUCAUUUGGAUAUGCUAAAUUCGAAACAUAUUCUUGUAAUGAAAGGCGCCCCCGAAGUAGUAUUAGAUCGUAGUGCAACUGUCGCUAUGGAUAAUACGGAGGCCAUUAACAAUAAAGAAAUUAAUGAGUUGAUCAACAACGCUAUUGAAAACAUGGCUAAUACUGGUGAACGAAUUUUAGCAUUUGCCGAUCUCAAUUUAGACGUAAAUGAAUAUCCUCCAGGAUUCGAAUUUGAUGCUGAAGAAAUUAACUUCCCAAUUGAAAACUUACGAUUUUUAGGUUUGGUCGGACUGAUCGACCCUCCACGAAAGGAGGUGCGUUCAGCUAUAGAGAGAGUUCGUGCUGCUGGCGUAAGAGUAAUGAUGGUGACUGGUGAUCACCCAGCGACAGCUCGCGCAGUAGCAUUGGAAGUGGGCAUCGCUACCACACCUCAGUGUCAUGUUAUCACCGGCACUGAACUGCGUAAUAUGACAUCUGAUUUGCUGUAUUUAACUUUGGAAAAGAAUUACGAAAUAGUAUUCGCCCGCACAUCACCGACACAAAAACUUCAAAUAGUAGAGGCAUGUCAAAGACAAGGCAGCGUGGUGGCUGUGACUGGAGACGGGGUAAAUGAUGCGCCCGCUCUGCGUAGAGCUGAUAUCGGUAUAUCUAUGGGAAUUACUGGAUCACAGGUGUCCAAACAAACAGCAGAUAUCAUUUUAAUGGAUGACAACUUUGCGACGAUCGUGACGGGCAUUGAGGAGGGCCGAAAGAUAUUUGACAAUCUAAAGAAGUCAAUUUGUUACAUUCUUAUAUCUAACGUCCCUGAGAUAAUUCCAGUGUUAAUGUUCAUUUUGUUCUCUAUUCCUCUACCAUUAGGUGUAAUGACUAUCCUAUGUAUCGAUCUUGGGACUGAUAUGUGGCCAGCGGUGUCAUUGGCACAUGAGAAUGCCGAACGGGAUGUAAUGGCACGGCCUCCAAGACGAUCUGACCCACUCGUCUCUUGUUCAAUGAUAAGAUUGGUCUAUGGCCAUUUAGGUCUCAUCGAAUUUGCAGCUGGCAUGUUUGCAUACUUCAUUGUUAUGGCAGAACAUGGCUUUUAUCCGGAGCAGCUGUUUGGUAUACGCCAAAGAUGGGAUAAUGAGGCAGUAAGUGAUGUCCAAGAUUCGCUGGGACAGGAGUGGACCUACGCCGAACGCAAGGAACUAGAACGAGCUUGUCAGGCCGCGUACUUUGUGGCUAUCGUCAUGACUCAAAUAACGAAUGGAAUAAUUUGCAAGACAAGAUAUAAUUCACUCUUUCAUGUCGGUAUGAAAAAUAAAGCUCUCAACUUUGGUUUAGUGUUCGAGAUCAUUCUUGCGUGUGUUGUAUGUUAUGUGCCAGGAAUUAACAGUUUCUUUAGAACAUACCCACUAAGGUUGAAAUGGUGGUUUCUCGCAUUGCCUUUUACUGCGCUGAUGUUCAUCUUUGAUGAAUUUAGAAAAUAUUGUAUCCGCAAUGAGAAAUUUGGAGGAUGGUUUAACAAGCUUACAUUAUAUUAG